CAAAUUAUCUGGCCAUGGCAUCAUCUACCUCCGCUGCUUCUAAUUCUCCAGUCUUGAUUCUUUCCUUGUUCAUCUUCCUCAUCUUCCCUCCUGGCUCUUUUGCCAGCAGUAAGUGGAAAAUACCACAGCCAGAUGUUGAUCUCUUGGAAUUUCCACUGAAUUUGGAGUUCUUGGAAGCUGAGUUCUUUUUAUGGGGUUCUCUGGGAUAUGGAUUGGACAGCAUAGCUCCUGAGCUAACGGGAAAUGGUCCAGCACCUAUUGGUGUUAAAUAUGCCAAACUGAGUCAUCCUGUUAGAGAUGUUGUUGCUCAAUUCGCAUUCCAAGAAGUUGGACAUUUGAGGGCAAUUAAGAAUACAGUGCCAGGAUUUCCAAGGCCAUUACUGAACUUAAGCUCAGAAUCAUUUGCAACUGUGAUUAACAGUGCAUUCGGGAGAACCUUGUGGCCUCCUUUUGAUCCUUAUGCUAAUGACAUUAACUAUCUCAUUGCAUCCUAUGUUAUUCCUUACGUUGGACUCACAGGUUAUGUUGGAGCAAAUCCAAACCUCGAAAGUCCUUCUGCAAAAAAACUUGUGGCGGGGCUCCUCGGUGUGGAAUCAGGCCAAGAUGCAGUGAUUAGAGCUUUACUAUUCGAGCGGGCAUACGUGAUGGUAAAGCCAUAUGGGAUAACAGUGGCAGAAUUCACAGACCGUAUAUCAUACCUAAGGAACCAACUUGGACAUGCGGGUGUGAAAGAUGAAGGGCUAGUGGUGAGGGCAAGUGAAGGUCCAGAGGGAAGAAUUUCAGGCAAUGUUCUUGCUGGUGACAAAGACUCCCUUUCAUUUGGUCGAACACCAGAGGAAAUUCUACGAAUUGUGUAUGGAAGUGGGAAUGAGAAUAAAACUGGUGGAUUUUACCCCAAAGGAGCUGAUGGUCGGAUUGCCAAGUCUCAUCUAGAGUAAAUGAGGCACACAACUUCAACCGAAUUGAUGAUCAGAAUUCAGAACUGCUGAGUCUAACCUUUUUGUUAUGGGCAUUGAUGAUCAACUGGUUUGUUUUGCGUUCAAAUUUUGAACGUAUUGGUAUUUUAUACAACAACAGUCAACACCCCCAAAAUCCUAUUUCCACUGUAAACAAAAACGUAUAAUAGAAUACUGAAUAAUCUCUUGGUAAAAAUAGUUUUUCUACAGUACUGAUGGUGUUUUCGACAUUUCCAAGCUACUGAAGAUUAUUCAUCAAUUUGUCCGUGUAAUGGUAGUUAGGAUAUGUAUUUAUUAGUGCAUACCAAC